GAUAUGACGACGUUACUACCCGUGAUUUAUUUUAAAAAUCAACUUGCCUGUGAAUUAUAAACAAUUCGGUGGGCGUAAAUUUGGUAGCUUAAGCCCCUUAAAAGAUUCCCUUAUACGCUUCGUAAUUUCUAACCGGUCAUUCACAUAUGCAAUGUGAAUACCUUUUGUGUGACGACUGUCAUUUGUAUAUAUAUAUGUAUAUGGCAUACAUCAAUCAAACUUAAGAAAAACAUGCAGAGAAUGAAGAUUUUAACUCAACUUUUAAUAUGUACAAUCGUCAACAAGGUAUAUAGUUUUGAAUGUGAUAUAUCGCAAGAGCUAUGUGAAACAUCUCUAAACAUAGAACACCAGCUGACCAUGAUGCAUCCAACAGAAAAAGCAGUCUAUCCAAAAAAUGGUAAACUCUAUAAAUAUGACGUCACUGAUAUUAAUGACGCAGCACAGAUAACAAUAAAUGACGUAAUUACAGCAGACGGAUGGGAAACUGCUCGUUUGGUUGUUGUAGCAAAUGGAACAAUGCCAGGUCCUCCAGUAAUUGUCUAUGAAGGUCAAACGGUAAUUGUUCAUGUAACAAACCAUUUGAAAUCCGAAGAUGUUACAAUUCACUGGCAUGGACUUCCACAGGAAGGAAGUCCCUAUAUGGACGGUGUGCCUUUUCUUUCUCAGUGUCCAAUUUCAACAGGUCAAACAUUUAUUUAUAAAUUUAAAGCAUCGCAUAAAGGAACCUACUGGUAUCAUUCUCAUGUCGGAUCUCAAAGGUCAAAAGGACUAUUUGGUGCGUUCAUAAUUAGAGAAAGAAAACCUAUUGAAAUUGAAGAACACAUCUUAACAAUCCAGGAGUGGAAUCAUGAUUGGGACUCUGACAUGGAAGACGCUAGAAUGGUGUUUGGUGGAUAUGACAACCGUGAGAAAUUUCAGGUUUCAAGAUCUUUAGAUGGACAAUAUUUCAGUUUACUAAAAGCUCAUUCUGGAAUAAUUAAUGGAAAAGGACGAUUCUGGGAUCCAAUUAACAAUACUCACAAUGAAGCUCCUCUUGAAAUAUUUACCGUCAAACACGGAAACAAAUACAGAUUUCGAAUCAUUGGAGUUGGUGCUCUAUAUCCUUGGACCAUAUCAGUAGAUGGUCACAAAAUAACUGUUGUUGCAUCUGAUGGUUUUGAUAUAGAACCACAGAUAGCAGAUUCUGUAAUUAUUAAUGCUGGUGAGAGGUAUGACGUCAUCAUUGACGCUGAUCAACCAAUAGGAAAUUAUUGGAUAAGAGCAAAAACUCUAGAAUCAAACCGUAAUACAUCUGUUGAAGCUAUACUCCAUUACCAAGGGGCUUCAGAUACCGAACCGUUAUCAACUCCACGUACCUGUACAAAUACCGAUAAAUGUUUAGUAGUAAAUUGCUUUUUCUCAUAUUAUCCACAUAAUGAUUUUACAUUAUGUUUACCUGUUGAUAAAUUAAAACAAAAAUCAGACAACGAUCAAGCACCUAAAGUCAUUCAAGGAAAAUUUAAAGAAUAUUUCCUAAAUUUUGCCUUUCCUGGAAAAUCGUUUACCCCAGGCUCUGUAAAUGGCAGAAGAUUCAUUUCGCCAACGAAGAUAGCACUAGCAAAUCCAAAGGAUGUUGACUAUCCAUGUGAUAACACUGAUUGUGACGAGCAAAAAAUUUGCACUUGUACAAAUUCAUUAAAUCUGAAACAUGGAGAUACCGUUCAAAUGGUAUUUCUCAAUAUGGGCAGCGGGAAAGGCUGGGCACAUCCAAUUCACAUGCAUGGCCAUACUUUUUAUGUACUGAAAAUGGGAUAUGCACAGUACGACAACAGAACUGGAGAAAUGAUAGGAGAAAAUGAAGAUAUAGAUUGCAGAGGUGGUGUUGCCAGGAACGAAAGUUUUUGUAACGACGCAACAUGGAGCAAUUCAUCAUGGGUUGAUGGAAAUAUUCCAGAGUUAGAAUUGAAAAAACCAAUACGAAAGGAUACUAUUAUAGUUCCGAGUGGGGGAUAUGUUGUAACACGUAUAGUUGCCGAUAAUCCAGGAGUUUGGUUUAUGCAUUGUCAUAUUGAACUUCAUGCUAAUGAUGGAAUGGCAAUCCUUAUUAAUGAAUCUCAUGCUAAUCACCCAUCUCCGCCACAAAAUUUCCCACGCUGUCACAGUUUUCAAGAAUAUGAUUCAACGAUUACACAAAGACCAGAGGAUGAUGAUUUAUUCGAAAUAAAUGAUCUCUAUACAGAAAGGAAUUUUUGGUUAAUGUUUGGUGUUUUAUGUGCAGUGAUUGUAUUGCAGUUUAUCAUCAUAUUGUGUAAAUGUUGUUGUGAACGAUCAAAGGACAAACCUGAAAAAUCAUAUGACAUUAAUGGCCAUUUUAAUUCUGGUUUUAAUUCCAAAAUAUAAUACUGUGAAUUCAUCUAUUUCGAGGAAAACUUUCAUUUUCGUUAAUAUUUGAUUUCGUGUUUCUGCCAAAGUCUGAUUACACUCCUACAGAAAAUUUGUCAUUCGUUGGACAUUGGCAUUCGUUUAUCCGUGGAAACCACGGAUUCCAUGAAAAAUGGUUUUCAACAAAAACAAAUGAAUCCAUAGUACAAGUUAUCAUAUCAAUCUUAAAUGUUCUGUAGUUAGCAAUUUAUACCACAUUUAACUACAAAUUUAAUGGUGUACAUAUUUAAUACCGAUUUUAGUUAUAACACAAAUUUGCUAUUUGCUAUAUGUUUAAACCAGCAAAGAUUAAUUAUACAAUGCAAACAGGGUUGUUAUUACUUAUAAUUCGAUUUCUCAAAUUUAGUUUUUGGGGUUAAUUUCACUUUUUAAUGUGAAAUCUUUUUCUUUCAACGAAAUCUUUAUCUUAAGUUUUAUAUUAUAGAUAUGUUUAAUAAAAAAUCUCGUUUGGUUGGGCGGAUAUGCUAUAUUAACAGCUUGGUUGCAGGAUACGAGGAUUCAACAAGACACUAUUUCAAUUUAUACUGAACAUAAAUAUUAUAAGAGCAGACACGUGUCUCCAUCCUGUAUAAACGUAAAUGAACUAGCUGAACGUUUUGUAAAAACAUGUUUUUCAAUUCAUGUUAUAUUUUUUUCUUUGUAACAUGUUUGAAAUGAAUUUACACCUACUUCUUAUCUUUAUGUUUGGAUUAGAUGUUUAACCUGGUUUUUUUUCAAAAUAUGCACUGUAAAUAUGCAUCUAUUAAUAUAAUACCUUGUGUUAGGGACAUUUAUAAAUCUCUUUUUUCUCAAUUGUGUCGAAUGUAUUUACAUGUUUAUCUUUGAUGUUUCUUACAUUAAGAAUGAGCUUUUGAUAGUACUUAUUAAAGUGAUUUUAAAAAGACAUACCAGAAUUUCAAUCCAUAUUUAGUGAAAUAUAUACGUACAUACAAUUUUAUCUGAAAACCAAUAAAAUAUAAAGGGAAAAAAUGGGACGUUUUAUCAUUGUGGAGUAAUCAUAUGUCACCUUGGACCAAUUUAGAAAAAGGCAUUUCUGAUA